UGAGUUGUGUGUUCUGUCCCAGGCUGGAGUGAGUGGCACUGCUCCUCUGGAGAGCACACAGUCAGCUCAACGGACGAGAGUCUCACAGCAAAGCUCUAGGACACAAGCUAAUCAGCAUCAUCUCUGCCUGACCCAUCAAGAACAGUUCAUAGAAGGGAAAUACCAGGAAGAUAAUGACCUAAAAGUUGUCUUUUUGCAGAUAUUUGAAAUUCCAUAGAAAGACUGCGGAAUACAGCGCUCUGAAUUCUGUAUUCCAGAGCUGUCUAUUCCGAUGCUUUUGUGGACAAUGGGGACGAACCGGUUGUUACUGUAUGCCCUCUUGGGUAUAAUGGCUUUUGGUCUAUUCCCAAAACUUGAAGCUCAGGAUGCCCCUGGGCCAGCCGACCUUGUACUCUUAAUUGACGGAUCAGAGAACGUUGGAGCUGCCAACUUCCCCCUCAUCAGUGAUUUGGCUGUCCAAGUGAUUGAGCGGCUUGCCGUGGGCAGGGAUGCAAUCCGUGUAGCCCUUGUGCUUUAUGGUGACGAUCCCGAGAUUCAGUUCUAUCUCAAUAGCUAUGACAACAAAGAGAGCGUCCUCAGUGCUAUCCGGGGACUUAAGUACCCUGGUGGGUAUGAGGCAAAUCUGGGGGCCGCCUUGGAGGAGGUGGCAAACAGUUUGUUGGGCCAAGAUGCAGGAGGCAGGGCAGAGGAAGGGGUGCCCCAGGCACUGGUGGUAAUCAGUGCUGGGGAGUCCACUGAUGAUGUCAGUCAGGGCGACAGGGCCCUAAAGCAGGCCAGUGUGUUCACUUUUGGUAUUGCUGCGGGUGAUUCUGCUACUGCCCAACUGGAAGCUAUUGCUACAGACAAAAGCUUUGUUGUGUCUGCUCCUGAUGUCAGAACAGUGGCAAGCAUGGGUGACCAGAUACUGCCAUACAUUAAUGGGGUCACCCAGCGCACCAUUGUGAUUGAAGUCGAUUUCACAGAAGCUUUGGCUGUUGGGAAGAGAGAUAUAAUUUUCCUCAUUGACAGUAGCAUGGGUACCAUCGUAGUCAAUGCAGUGCGAGAGUUCAUCAAAAGGUUUAUUGACACCAUGCCAAUUGGACCUGAUCAGGUGCAGGUCGGAGUGGCCAUGUUUUCCACCACCACAAGAUCAGAGAUCAACCUCAACUCAUUCAGUUCAAAAGAAUCCCUAAUCUCUGGUCUCGCAAAAAUAAAACCCAAACCUUCGGUUGAAGUCAACAUUGGUGCUGCCCUGGAUUUUGUGAGAACCAACAUGCUCAGAGCUGAGAGUGGGAGCCGCAUUCAAGAUCAAGUGCCACAGCUUGUGUUGCUCCUGACCAGUAAAAAAUCUAAAGACAGUGUCCAACAGCCGGCUGAAGCUCUUCGUCAAAUGGGUGUUCUUACUUUGGCUGCUGGCUCCAAAGCUGCUGAUGAGGAUGAGCUCAGACAAAUAGCUUUUGAUGACAGUGUGGUUUUCAUGCUGAAGGACUUCAGGAUGUUGCUGCGUAACCCCAGAGAAAUCAUCUCCCCUCUCUCUACAUUGUCUGGCAUUGUUGUGUCAGAGGGUCCAACUGAAACAGACACAGUUGUGGAUGUUACUACAGUCCGCACCCAAAGAGUUGUCCGAGACAUUGUCUUCUUGGUGGAUGGAUCUAGCUAUGUUGGAAGUAACUUUCAAUCUGUGCUGGAUUUCAUAACUGGCGUGGUGAACAGACUAGACGUUCGACCUGAGCGAGUGCGCAUUGGACUAAUGCAGUUUGCAGAGGGGCAGAAAACUGAGUUUUAUCUGAACACUCACAACACCAAACAGGAUGUUCUCUCUGCCAUUGCUCAGAUGAGUAUGAUGGGAGGACGUGCAUUGAACACUGGUGCAGCCCUACAGUAUGCCCUAGCCAACCACUUCCAGCCUGCAGUCGGGUCUCGUAGGAGACAGGGGAUCCAGCAGGUACUGGUGCUAAUAACAGGAGGACCAUCUCAAGAUGAAGUGAAGCGGGUUGCUGACCGAGUAGCUGUAGAGGGUGUUUUGACUUUUGCUGUUGGAGCUGGCCAAGUGGAAGAGCGUUUCCUGAAAACUAUUGCAUUUGUUGAAGAUUUGGCAUACUACAGAAGUAAUUUUGCUGACUUGUCAAGUGUUGUUGAGCCGAUUAUGACACCACUGAUCACUGUUGUUGGGGAGACUGAUACAACAAUAACAGAGAUUGCAACACCAGGCCCCUCUGGUGGAGAACGGGACGUUGCAUUCUUGAUCGAUGGUUCUGAUGAUGUCAGAGGUGACUUUCCCUACAUCCGUGACUUCAUUUCCAAAGUCAUUGAGCCUCUAGAUAUAGGCAUUAAUAAAGUACGAGUUUCUGUGGUCCAGCAUAGUGAGAGACCUAGUCCUAGCUUCUAUCUGAACACCUACCAAACCAAAGAUGAGGUGCUGAGAGCUGUAAAUGGACUCACUCUAGCAGGUGGCAGAAGUUUGAAUACAGGUGCUGCCUUGACUUUCAUGAAAAACACCAUCUUGUCAGCAGCACGCGGCAGUCGAGCUGGCGAAAAUGUUCCCCAAUUUUUGAUCGUUUUGACUGGGGGAAGAUCAAGAGAUAGUGUCAGAGAACCUGCGGUAGCCCUAAAGACUGAAGGAGUUGUACCUUUUGGUGUUGGAGUGAAAAAUGCAGACCCUAAACAGAUUGAGGCCAUCUCUCACAAUCCAUCAUUUGCUUUCAAUGUGAAGGAAUUCAGCCAGCUCAACACGGUUCAAGAAAGGCUCAAGAACUAUGUGAACCUUCCAGAUCAAGAACUGAAGGUCUUUCUAGAGAAAGGAAUUAAAAAACGGGAUAUAGUUUUUCUCCUUGAUGGCUCAGAUGACUCCAGAAAUGGACUUCUUGCCAUCCGUGAGUUUAUUCGGAGAAUGGCAGAGGAUCUUGACAUUGACCAGGACAUUGCUCGAGUUGCUGUAAUACAGUACAGUGAAGAUGCUGUGCCUCAUUUCCUACUUAAUACUUACAAUAGUAAGAAAGCUGUAAUUUAUGCCAUUAAUGGCCUCACUGCAAAAGGUGGAAGGAACCUAAAUACUGGGGCAGCGCUAAAGUAUGUCAGGGACCAUGUUUUCACUACUGCUUCUGGAAGUAGACAUCAGCUAGGAGUCCCUCAGCUGUUGAUUUUUAUGACUGGUGGAGGGUCCAGUGAUGAUGUGGCAGGUCCCGCUGAAGAUCUCAAAAACUUUGGAGUUCUGUCCAUUGCCAUUGGAAUAAAGAAUUCUGUAGAGGCAGAGCUCCAAAGCAUAGCAUUUUCACCUAGAUUUCUUUUUAAUCUUCCAGUCUUUGGUGAACUUUUACAUAUACAGCCCGAUAUUCUCUCCUUUAUCAAAUCUAAAUUGGAAAUAGAACCCCCUACUAUCAUUGUUGAAUUGGAUACAGCUCAAAGAGACAUUGUCUUUAUCUUGGAUGGGUCUGAUGACACCAGGGACACGUUUAAACAAAUGUGUCAGUUUGUUCAAAGAGUGGUGGACAAACUCAAUAUCGGGCUCAGUGGAGACAGAGUGUCUUUAGUCCAAUACAGCAGAGAGCCACAAGUUCAUUUUUACCUGAACACACAUGCCACAAAGCAAGAAGUUCUCAAUUCAAUUGAGAAUCUGCAACACCAGGGAGGAAGUCCCCUCAACACAGGAAGAGCCCUUGAUUAUACAAAAAAGAACAUAUUCAUUGCCUCUUCUGGGAGCAGACUCCUGGAUGGGGUUCCUCAGAUUCUUGUGCUUGUGACUGGAGGAAGGUCUCAGGAUGAUGUUAGAGCUCCAGCUGCUGCUCUGAAACAGGACCAAAUUGUUCCACUCAGUAUUGGCAAUCAAAAUGCAGACGUUAUUCAACUCCAGGCAAUCUCGUAUACUCCUGGUCAUACUCUUACUGUUCCUCAGUUUGAUGACCUUCAAACCAUUGAGCAGAAGCUUCUAUCAUAUGUAAAAAGAGUUCCUCGUCAGCCCAAGAGGCUUCCACCAGCUACAACAGAUGCUGAAAAAAGAGAUAUUGUUUUUUUAAUCGAUGCCUCGGAUGGCUCAAAGGGAAGUUUCUUAGGAAUGCAAAACUUUGUUCAGAACCUGGUUCAGAAACUGAAUGUGGCACCAAAUAAAGAUCACAUUUCAUUGGUCCAGUACAGUGAUGAUGCAGCUUUUGAUUUUCUUUUGAAUACACAUUCAUCAUCAGAUGAUGUUAUAAAUCACGUGAAACGUCUAAUUCAUAAAGGAGGAAGCUUGCGUCACACUGGGGCAGCCUUACAGUAUGUAAAAGACAACCUGUUUACUGCUGCUGCAGGGAGUAGACAUUUGGAGGGUGUGCCACAGUUUCUAAUUCUGCUGAGUUCUGGAAGGUCUAAUGAUGACAUACGUGGUCCAGUCAAAGCUUUGAAAGACAUUGGUGUCAUUUCAUUAAGUAUUGGCACCACAAAUGCUGAUACACUUGAGUUACAAACAAUAUCCCAUCAACCAAACUACUUUUUCAUUUCUGAAUUUGAGAACACUCUUGAUGUUCAAGAGAAUAUCUUAGCAUUAAUAAAAGGGGUAUCUUACCAACGGCCAACGGCAACAAUGACUUCUCGGGUCUCUGAAUCUGUUAAAAGGGAUGUUGCAUUUCUUAUUGAUGGCUCUGAUGAUUCUAAAAUUGGUUUUGAGGCAAUUCGCAGUUUUAUCCAGAGGGUAGUUGAGAGUCUAAAUGUGGAGGAAAAUCUGGAUAGGGUGGCGGUUGUUCAGUACAGUCGGGAUCCCACAGCUAAUUUUUAUCUCAGCUCAUACUCAACCAAAAAAGAGGUACUAAAUUCCAUACGUUCUAUGAGGCACAAAAGUGGAAGGCCACUGAACACUGGAGCUGCUCUACUGUUUAUUCAAGAAAAUAUAUUUACACCAUCCUCUGGAAGCAGACGUCAUGAGGGUGUACCUCAGAUUCUGUACUUAUUUAGUGGUGGUAGAUCUGGUGAUGAUGUCAGAACCAUUUCACAGAAUUUAAGAGAAAACAACAUAAAAGUCUUUACAAUCGGCACAAGAAAUGCUGAUACUCUUGAAUUACAGACAAUGUCUUCAAAACCAGCCUAUUCUUUCUCUGUUCCUGACUUCACCUCCAUCAACAGCAUUGUCCAAAGAGUUGCCUCUGUUUUGAUAAGUGGGGAUGAAAUACCUGAGCAAUUUCCAACUCCUGAGGGACAGGCUUUGGAUGCAGGAAGAAAUAUUGUGUUUCUUAUUGACGGAUCUGAUGAUGCUAGUGAUAGAUUCACAGCUAUACGAGAAUUUGUGGCAAGUUUGGCAGAAACGUUUGAUGUUGGUCAAGAAAAAGAUCAAAUUGCUGUUGUGCAGUUCAGUAAUACUGCAGCAACAAGCUUUAAUCUCAGUACAUACUCAUCCUCUUCUGAGGUGGCAGAUGCUGUACGCAACCUCAAACCAAAGGGAGGAAGGCCACAAUAUAUUGGCCAGGCUCUACAAUUUGUUAAAGACAAUAUUUUUACCCCUAGAGUUGGAAGUCAGCAAAUGGACACUGUUAGCCAAAAUCUUGUGCUUGUGGCUGGUGGCAGAUCAAGAGAUUCUCCUCGUGGACCAGCUAAUGCACUAAAGAGUAUGGGAGUAGCCAUUUUUGCCAUUGGGUCAAGGCUGACAGACCCCAUUGAAAUGGAAGCCAUUUCCUCUCGGACAGAUUAUGCUAUGGCUGUUUAUGAUUUUCAUGACUUAAACAAUGUCCGUCAAAGCCUGCUGACAAAACUUAUGGGUGUAAGACAAAAAGGAGACACUAAAGUUGAUGGUAUAGGAUUUAAAAGGGAUAUUGCUUUUCUUGUGGAUGGUUCGGACAGUACAAGAAGAGGAUUUCCAGAAAUACGUGAUUUUCUGUACAAUAUUAUCACAAAUCUUAAUGUGGGAAUUGAUAACGAUAGAAUCUCAGUAAUUCAGUACAGCAAUGUGGCUGUGGCAAAUUUUUAUUUAAAUUCAUUCUUAAGAAAGGAAGAUGUAUUGAAUGCAGUAAAAGUGCUUAGCCAUAAAGGUGGAAGGCCCUUAAACACAGGAUCUGCCCUUCAAUACGUAAGGGAAAAUAUCUUUAUAAGUGCCUCAGGGAGCAGGCACAAAGAAGGCACCCCUCAAAUAUUAAUUCUUCUGACAAGUGGAAAAUCCAGGGACAGCAUUUCUGAAGCAGCCUUUGCUCUUAAAAAAACUGGGGUAUUAAUAUAUGGAAUAGGAGGAAAGUACUCAGACUCUGAUGAAUUAAAUACAAUUUCUUCUGAAAAUAAUGUGCUCUCAUUGGCUGACUUCAGUGAAUUACCAAAAAUCAAAGUACAGCUACUGGAAGCAAUGAAAGCCAAUCCAAAUUACAACAAAAAGGAAAAGAUAGCUGAGGGUGAUAGAAAGAGGAGAGAUGUUGUCUUCCUGUUGGAUGGAUCGGAUGACACUAAGAAUUUCCCAGCAAUGAAAGAAUUUGUGCAAAGAGUAGUGGAUCAAUUCAACAUAGAGCCAAACAGAGACCGUGUUUCUGUGGUGCAGUACAGUAGAGACGCCGAGGUCCAUUUCUAUCUGAACAGCUACACGACAAAGGAAGACGUUCUCGACCGUGUCAGAGGUCUGAGACACAAAGGAGGUAGACCCCUCUACACGGGGGCAGCUCUCCAGUACGUCAGAGACAAUGUCUUUAGUGCCUCCUCCGGCAGCAGACGGUUGGAGGGUGUGCCGCAGGUACUGAUCCUGCUUAACGGGGGAAGGUCAUUCGACAGUGUUGAUGCAGCAGCCUCCUCUCUGAAAGAGCUUGGCGUCUUGACUUUCGGAAUAGGAUCGAGGGGCUCUGAUAGCAGAGAACUGCAGAGAAUCUCAUACGACCCCAAUUAUGCUCUUUCCGUGUCCGACUUCAGUGAGCUUCCAAACGUCCAAGAGCAGCUGCUGGCCUCUGUCCAGGCUGUUGCAAUUCCCAUCACUCCAACUACCCCGACUCUCACCGCUGAUGAUGCCGUACCCAGAAAGGACGUAGUGUUUCUGCUGGACGGUUCAGAUGGCACUAGAAAUACAUUCCCAGCGAUGCGUGAAUUUGUGCAAAGAGUAGUGGAGCAAUUCAACAUAGAGGCAAACAGAGACCGUGUUUCUGUGGUGCAGUACAGUAGAGACGCUGAGGUCAAUUUCUAUCUGAAUACCUACUCGACAAAAGGGGAGAUCCUGAACACUGUCAGAGGUCUGAGGCAUAGAGGAGGGAGACCCCUCAACACAGGGGCAGCUCUCCAGUACGUGAGGGACAGUGUCUUCACUGCCUCUGCGGGGAGUAGAAAGCAAGAGGGUGUCCCUCAGAUUCUUAUCCUCCUCAGUGGAGGGCGGUCAAGCGAUAACAUAGAUGCACCUGCCUCUGCCCUGAAAGAGAGCGGAAUCUUGAUUUUUGGCAUCGGCACCAGAAAUUCGAGCAAAGAGGUGCUGAGAAUUGCCAAUGAUCCUACCUAUGCACAGUCCAUCAAUGAAUUCUCUGAUCUUCCCAGUGUCCAGCAGCAGUUUAUCAGCUCCCUCAACAAUGCGCUUGAAGAAGUCAAGCCAACGACACCUACCGUGGCGGCUGAGCGAAGGAUGACUAGGAGGGAUGUAGUGUUCCUGCUGGAUGGUUCAGAUGGCACAAGGAGCUCUUUCCCUGCAAUGCGUGACUUUGUUGAGAGGAUGGUGGAGAGACUGAAUGUGUCUGAGAACAGAGACCGUGUGUCUGUGGUCCAGUACAGCAGAGAUCCAGAGGCCCAUUUCUAUCUUAACACAUACUCUAGAAAGGAGGACGUGCUUGACACGCUCAGGGGUCUGAGGCACAAAGGAGGGAGACCCCUCAACACAGGGGCAGCUCUGCAGUACGUGAAGGACAAUGUCUUCACUGCCUCCGCUGGAAGCAGACUUGUAGAAGGUGUGCCUCAGUUACUGAUUCUGCUGAGUGGUGGAAGGUCAUUUGAUAAUGUUGACACGCCAGCCUCAUCCCUGAAAGAGCUGGGAGUGCUUAUCUUUGGGAUAGGGUCAAGGAGCUCAGACAGCAGGGAACUCCAGAAGAUCUCCCAUGAGCCUAGUUAUGCACUCUCAGUGAGUGACUUCGCUGACCUUCCCAGUGUCCAACAGCAGCUUUUCACCAACAUUAACACAGUCUUUGUAGAGGCCACGUCUAUCACUACCACAACCACAACGAUAGCUGAGGGCCGUAGACAGAGGAGAGAUGUUGUCUUCCUGCUGGAUGGAUCAGAUGGCACUAGGAAUGGGUUCCCAGCAAUGAAAGAAUUUGUGCAAAGAAUAGUGGAGAAAUUGGAAGUAGCUGAGGACAGAGAUCGCGUUUCUGUGGUCCAGUACAGCAGAGACCCAGAGGCCCAUUUCUAUCUGAACACGUACACGACAAAGGAAGAAAUUCUUGACAGUGUCAGAGGUCUGCGGCACAAAGGAGGCAGACCCCUCUACACGGGGGCAGCGCUCCAGUACGUCAGAGACAAUGUCUUUACUGCCUCCUCCGGCAGCAGACGGCUGGAGGCUGUGCCGCAGAUACUGGUUUUGCUUAGCGGGGGAAGGUCAUUUGACAGUGUUGAGGCAGCAGCCUCUUCUCUCAAAGAGCUUGGCGUCUUGACCUUUGGAAUAGGAUCGAGGGGCUCUGAUAGCAGAGAAUUGCAGAGAAUUUCAUACGACCCCAAUUAUGCUCUGUCCGUGUCCGACUUCAGCGAGCUCCCAAAUGUCCAAGAGCAGCUGCUGGCCUCUGUCCAGGCUGUUUCAAUUCCCAUCACUCCAACUACACCGACUGUAACCGCGGAAUACGUCGCACCCGGAAAGGACGUAGUGUUUCUGCUGGACGGUUCAGAUGGCACUAGGAAUUCUUUCCCAGCUAUGCGUGAUUUUGUGCAAAGAGUAGUGGAUCAAUUCAACAUAGAGCCAAACAGAGACCGUGUUUCUGUGGUGCAGUACAGUAGAGACGCCGAGGUCCAUUUCUAUCUGAACAGCUACACGACAAAGGAAGACGUUCUCGACCGUGUCAGAGGUCUGAGACACAAAGGAGGUAGACCCCUCUACACGGGGGCAGCUCUCCAGUACGUCAGAGACAAUGUCUUUAGUGCCUCCUCCGGCAGCAGACGGUUGGAGGGUGUGCCGCAGGUACUGAUCCUGCUUAACGGGGGAAGGUCAUUCGACAGUGUUGAUGCAGCAGCCUCCUCUCUGAAAGAGCUUGGCGUCUUGACUUUCGGAAUAGGAUCGAGGGGCUCUGAUAGCAGAGAACUGCAGAGAAUCUCAUACGACCCCAAUUAUGCUCUUUCCGUGUCCGACUUCAGUGAGCUUCCAAACGUCCAAGAGCAGCUGCUGGCCUCUGUCCAGGCUGUUGCAAUUCCCAUCACUCCAACUACCCCGACUCUCACCGCUGAUGAUGCCGUACCCAGAAAGGACGUAGUGUUUCUGCUGGACGGUUCAGAUGGCACUAGAAAUACAUUCCCAGCGAUGCGUGAAUUUGUGCAAAGAGUAGUGGAGCAAUUCAACAUAGAGGCAAACAGAGACCGUGUUUCUGUGGUGCAGUACAGUAGAGACGCUGAGGUCAAUUUCUAUCUGAAUACCUACUCGACAAAAGGGGAGAUCCUGAACACUGUCAGAGGUCUGAGGCAUAGAGGAGGGAGACCCCUCAACACAGGGGCAGCUCUCCAGUACGUGAGGGACAGUGUCUUCACUGCCUCUGCGGGGAGUAGAAAGCAAGAGGGUGUCCCUCAGAUUCUUAUCCUCCUCAGUGGAGGGCGGUCAAGCGAUAACAUAGAUGCACCUGCCUCUGCCCUGAAAGAGAGCGGAAUCUUGAUUUUUGGCAUCGGCACCAGAAAUUCGAGCAAAGAGGUGCUGAGAAUUGCCAAUGAUCCUACCUAUGCACAGUCCAUCAAUGAAUUCUCUGAUCUUCCCAGUGUCCAGCAGCAGUUUAUCAGCUCCCUCAACAAUGCGCUUGAAGAAGUCAAGCCAACGACACCUACCGUGGCGGCUGAGCGAAGGAUGACUAGGAGGGAUGUAGUGUUCCUGCUGGAUGGUUCAGAUGGCACAAGGAGCUCUUUCCCUGCAAUGCGUGACUUUGUUGAGAGGAUGGUGGAGAGACUGAAUGUGUCUGAGAACAGAGACCGUGUGUCUGUGGUCCAGUACAGCAGAGAUCCAGAGGCCCAUUUCUAUCUUAACACAUACUCUAGAAAGGAGGACGUGCUUGACACGCUCAGGGGUCUGAGGCACAAAGGAGGGAGACCCCUCAACACAGGGGCAGCUCUGCAGUACGUGAGGGACAGUGUCUUCACUGCCUCCGCUGGAAGCAGACUUGUAGAAGGUGUGCCUCAGUUACUGAUUCUGCUGAGUGGUGGAAGGUCAUUUGAUAAUGUUGACACGCCAGCCUCAUCCCUGAAAGAGCUGGGAGUGCUUAUCUUUGGGAUAGGGUCAAGGAGCUCAGACAGCAGGGAACUCCAGAAGAUCUCCCAUGAGCCUAGUUAUGCACUCUCAGUGAGUGACUUCGCUGACCUUCCCAGUGUCCAACAGCAGCUUUUCACCAACAUUAACACAGUCUUUGUAGAGGCCACGUCUAUCACUACCACAACCACAACGAUAGCUGAGGGCCGUAGACAGAGGAGAGAUGUUGUCUUCCUGCUGGAUGGAUCAGAUGGCACUAGGAAUGGGUUCCCAGCAAUGAAAGAAUUUGUGCAAAGAAUAGUGGAGAAAUUGGAAGUAGCUGAGGACAGAGAUCGCGUUUCUGUGGUCCAGUACAGCAGAGACCCAGAGGCCCAUUUCUAUCUGAACACGUACACGACAAAGGAAGAAAUUCUUGACAGUGUCAGAGGUCUGCGGCACAAAGGAGGCAGACCCCUCUACACGGGGGCAGCGCUCCAGUACGUCAGAGACAAUGUCUUUACUGCCUCCUCCGGCAGCAGACGGCUGGAGGCUGUGCCGCAGAUACUGGUUUUGCUUAGCGGGGGAAGGUCAUUUGACAGUGUUGAGGCAGCAGCCUCUUCUCUCAAAGAGCUUGGCGUCUUGACCUUUGGAAUAGGAUCGAGGGGCUCUGAUAGCAGAGAAUUGCAGAGAAUUUCAUACGACCCCAAUUAUGCUCUGUCCGUGUCCGACUUCAGCGAGCUCCCAAAUGUCCAAGAGCAGCUGCUGGCCUCUGUCCAGGCUGUUUCAAUUCCCAUCACUCCAACUACACCGACUGUAACCGCGGAAUACGUCGCACCCGGAAAGGACGUAGUGUUUCUGCUGGACGGUUCAGAUGGCACUAGGAAUUCUUUCCCAGCUAUGCGUGAUUUUGUGCAAAGAGUAGUGGAUCAAUUCAACAUAGAGCCAAACAGAGACCGUGUUUCUGUGGUGCAGUACAGUAGAGACGCCGAGGUCCAUUUCUAUCUGAACAGCUACACGACAAAGGAAGACGUUCUCGACCGUGUCAGAGGUCUGAGACACAAAGGAGGUAGACCCCUCUACACGGGGGCAGCUCUCCAGUACGUCAGAGACAAUGUCUUUAGUGCCUCCUCCGGCAGCAGACGGUUGGAGGGUGUGCCGCAGGUACUGAUCCUGCUUAACGGGGGAAGGUCAUUCGACAGUGUUGAUGCAGCAGCCUCCUCUCUGAAAGAGCUUGGCGUCUUGACUUUCGGAAUAGGAUCGAGGGGCUCUGAUAGCAGAGAACUGCAGAGAAUCUCAUACGACCCCAAUUAUGCUCUUUCCGUGUCCGACUUCAGUGAGCUUCCAAACGUCCAAGAGCAGCUGCUGGCCUCUGUCCAGGCUGUUGCAAUUCCCAUCACUCCAACUACCCCGACUCUCACCGCUGAUGAUGCCGUACCCAGAAAGGACGUAGUGUUUCUGCUGGACGGUUCAGAUGGCACUAGAAAUACAUUCCCAGCGAUGCGUGAAUUUGUGCAAAGAGUAGUGGAGCAAUUCAACAUAGAGGCAAACAGAGACCGUGUUUCUGUGGUGCAGUACAGUAGAGACGCUGAGGUCAAUUUCUAUCUGAAUACCUACUCGACAAAAGGGGAGAUCCUGAACACUGUCAGAGGUCUGAGGCAUAGAGGAGGGAGACCCCUCAACACAGGGGCAGCUCUCCAGUACGUGAGGGACAGUGUCUUCACUGCCUCUGCGGGGAGUAGAAAGCAAGAGGGUGUCCCUCAGAUUCUUAUCCUCCUCAGUGGAGGGCGGUCAAGCGAUAACAUAGAUGCACCUGCCUCUGCCCUGAAAGAGAGCGGAAUCUUGAUUUUUGGCAUCGGCACCAGAAAUUCGAGCAAAGAGGUGCUGAGAAUUGCCAAUGAUCCUACCUAUGCACAGUCCAUCAAUGAAUUCUCUGAUCUUCCCAGUGUCCAGCAGCAGUUUAUCAGCUCCCUCAACAAUGCGCUUGAAGAAGUCAAGCCAACGACACCUACCGUGGCGGCUGAGCGAAGGAUGACUAGGAGGGAUGUAGUGUUCCUGCUGGAUGGUUCAGAUGGCACAAGGAGCUCUUUCCCUGCAAUGCGUGACUUUGUUGAGAGGAUGGUGGAGAGACUGAAUGUGUCUGAGAACAGAGACCGUGUGUCUGUGGUCCAGUACAGCAGAGAUCCAGAGGCCCAUUUCUAUCUUAACACAUACUCUAGAAAGGAGGACGUGCUUGACACGCUCAGGGGUCUGAGGCACAAAGGAGGGAGACCCCUCAACACAGGGGCAGCUCUGCAGUACGUGAGGGACAGUGUCUUCACUGCCUCCGCUGGAAGCAGACUUGUAGAAGGUGUGCCUCAGUUACUGAUUCUGCUGAGUGGUGGAAGGUCAUUUGAUAAUGUUGACACGCCAGCCUCAUCCCUGAAAGAGCUGGGAGUGCUUAUCUUUGGGAUAGGGUCAAGGAGCUCAGACAGCAGGGAACUCCAGAAGAUCUCCCAUGAGCCUAGUUAUGCACUCUCAGUGAGUGACUUCGCUGACCUUCCCAGUGUCCAACAGCAGCUUUUCACCAACAUUAACACAGUCUUUGUAGAGGCCACGUCUAUCACUACCACAACCACAACGAUAGCUGAGGGCCGUAGACAGAGGAGAGAUGUUGUCUUCCUGCUGGAUGGAUCAGAUGGCACUAGGAAUGGGUUCCCAGCAAUGAAAGAAUUUGUGCAAAGAAUAGUGGAGAAAUUGGAAGUAGCUGAGGACAGAGAUCGCGUUUCUGUGGUCCAGUACAGCAGAGACCCAGAGGCCCAUUUCUAUCUGAACACGUACACGACAAAGGAAGAAAUUCUUGACAGUGUCAGAGGUCUGCGGCACAAAGGAGGCAGACCCCUCUACACGGGGGCAGCGCUCCAGUACUGUGCACCUGUUUGUGAAUCCUGUGGUCAGACUGUCAGAUUAAUUUGUGUAUUUUCUUCUUUUUAUUUCAAAACAGAGGUUACAAUUUCAGUACCUCGCGGAGAUAAGAGGGAUGUUGUUUUCCUAAUUGAUGGCACAACAAAGAUGCGCACUGAGUUCCCUGCCAUAAGAGACAUGGUUCAGCGAGUGGUGGAGAAGUUGGAUGUGGGCCUUGACAAUGUGAGGGUCUCAGUCGUGCAGUACAGUGAUAAUCCCAAAUUGGAAUUUCUCCUCAAUGAGUACUCCACCAAGGAGGAAAUUCGUCAAGCAAUACGACGAAUGAGAAGCAUAGGUGGCAAUCAGCUUAACACUGGUCAGGCUCUGGAAUAUGUAUCAAAGAACAUCUAUCAAAGAUCAGCUGGAAGCCGUGUAGAAGAGGGUGUGCCCCAGUUUCUCAUCCUGGUAACCGGGGGAAAGUCAAAUGAUGACGUAUCUGGUCCUGCUAACCAACUGAAGUUAAGCCGUGUUGCUCCCUUGGCAGUUGGAGCUCAUGAUGCUGAUGCAGAGGAGCUGAAAUUAAUUUCUUUUAGUCCAGGACUAACAUACACCAUUAGAGACUUCCAUCUACUUCCAACAGUGGAGCAACAGCUUUUGACCAAAGUCAGUACCAUGACCAGAGAUGAAAUUUCGACCCCCCCUAUUCCAAAAGAUCCACUUAAUCUUGGAAGAAAGGACAUCAUCUUCCUCAUUGAUGGCUCUGAGAGUGUUGGACAAAGUGGUGUUGCUCACAUUCGUGACUUUAUCUUGAAAGUAGUUGAUCAGCUUGAUGUACGACCUGACCAAGUUCGCGUGGCUUUAGUACAGUAUGGUGAAAGACCUAAAACUGAAUUCUCUUUGAACUCCCACGACAACAAGCAAUCUGUCAUCUCUGCAAUCAAAAGACUACGUCACAUGGGUGGACGUGGCGCUGACCUUGCUGAGGCAAUAAAGUAUGUGAUUCGAAAUGAGCUCCAGGCUUCUGCUGGGGUACGUCUAGCACAGGCUUCCCAGCAUUUGGUUGUGCUCACUGGUGGAAAGUCAACAUCCGAUGUAUCUACUUAUGGCACAAUUCUCAAAGACGCUCGGGUCAAUUGUAUAGGAAUUGGUGCAGAAAAUGCAGACACAAGACAGCUGGCACAAAUUACUACCACUUCUGAUGACGUCCUGCAGGUGUCUACUUUCCCAAAUCUUCCGAACAUACAGAGCAAGUUUAUAGCCAGACUUAAUGGAACAAUUGCAGAGGAACCUACCACUGAGCCUGAUGAUCUAGAUCCUGGACUCCCACAGCCCAAGGCUGCUGACAUUGUCUUUUUGGUUGAUGGCUCAAUCAAUCUUGGCAAGGACAAUUUCAAAGAGGUCAUGGAAUUCAUUCUCAAUUUAAUUGACCUGUUCUUUACUGAGAGAGACAAACUUCAGAUUGGUCUAGCACAUUAUGCUACUGAUGUGACCGACGUAUUCUACCUAAACACCUACCAAAAUAAGGAUGAUAUUAUCAAUGCCAUAACUCGAGCAGAGUACAAGGGAGGUCGAGAACUUAAAACAGGCAAUGCCAUUCGCCAUGUUCAGAAAACACAUUUUAUUAAAGAAAGAGGCAGUCGGAAGGAUCAGGGAAUUCCACAGAUCCUAAUGGUAGUCACUGGUGGACGGUCAAGGGAUGACAGUAAAACAGCGGCAUUAGGUCUCAAAGCCAGUGGUGUGCGCAUCUAUGCUGUUGGGGUGGGUGAUAUAGAGGAUGAGCUCAAUAAUUUGGGCAGUGAAGCUACUACGGUGGCCCGAGCCAGCACCUUCCAAGAGCUCUCUGAGCUGAAUGAGCAGAUUUUGGAAACACUUGAUGAUGAGGUGAAAGGAAUAGGACUGUGCACUGGAAUAAAGGAUCCUACAAAAGUAUGCAAGUUGGAUGUUCUUGUGGGGUUUGAUGUGGCUGCACAGAACAUUUUUGCUGCUCAGAGAUCAUUAGAGUCAAAGAUGGCUGCUAUUCUCCAACGCAUUACCCAGAUACAGCCCAUCAGCUGCACUUCUGGCCAGGCUCCCUCAAUAAAAGUGGGCAUGUUAGCGAUGGACUCUGCAUCAGAGCCCGUUCAGCUGGAUUUCACCAACAGAUACACAGAGAUUCUUGAGCCCUUCAGGGCCCUCCGAAAUCGUGGACCUUUUGUUCUGAAUGGUGCCACAAUCAAGGCUUAUGCUGAUAGAUUGAAGAAUCAGCCUACAGAUAGUAUCAAGGUUGUGAUCCACUUAACUGAUGGAUUAGAUGCCCAGUACAACAUUCUGAAAGAGCGAGUUGAACUGAUGCGUUUAGCAGGUGUUAGUAGCUUCAUUCUUGUUGCACUGGAGAGAGUGCCACGAUUUGAAGAUGCAGUUCUCUUGGAAUUUGGCCGUGGCUUCAGGUACACACGACCUCUGCGUGUCAAUCUCAUGGACUUGGAUUAUGAACUUCUAGAAGAACUGGAUAACAUUGCUGAGCGGGAAUGCUGUUCCGUUCCAUGCAAGUGUAAUGGCCAGAGAGGGGACAGAGGAGCUGUUGGUGUUCCUGGACCAAAGGGUCAAUCUGGUGGUCAGGGCUUCAGUGGACAUCCUGGUGAUGAAGGUGGUCCGGGAGAGAGAGGUCCACCUGGUGUAAAUGGAACUCAAGGAUUCCAAGGAUGUCCAGGUCAAAGAGGUGUUAAAGGAUCUCGAGGAUACAAUGGUGAAAAGGGUGAAAUUGGAGAGAUUGGUUUAGAUGGAAUCAAUGGAGAAGAGGGAACAAGUGGCGUUGCUGGCCCUCCUGGAGAUAUAGGAAACCCCGGCCAAAGGGGGCCUAAAGGAGCCAAAGGCCAGGCAGGAGAUGUUGGUCAGACUGGAAUACGUGGUGAUCCAGGCACCCCAGGAAGAGACAACAACCAGAGGGGACCAAAAGGUGACCCAGGCGAUGCUGGCCCAGCGGGAGAGCCAGGGGUGGACGGAAAUAAGGGAGGUCCUGGUGAACCAGGCAGACGGGGCUCUGAUGGCAGAAGGGGGCCUCCUGGUCAAGCUGGUGCUGCUGGAAGGCCCGGAAGUGAUGGUUUACCAGGAGAGACGGGAAUUGGAGGACCUCGGGGUCCCGCUGGACCAAUUGGAGCACCUGGUAUUAGAGGAGAGGAUGGAAACCCUGGUCCAAGGGGGCCAGGAGGACUGCCAGGACCUGCUGGAGAAAAGGGUAGAAGAGGUGCCAUUGGCCGUAAGGGUGAACCAGGGGAGCCGGGACCUAAAGGUGUUGUUGGACCCCUGGGACCCCGCGGGGAGCCUGGUGAGGAUGGACGAGAUGGGUUUGGUGUACCUGGUCCUAAAGGAAGAAAGGGUGAUGAAGGUUUCCCUGGUUUCCCUGGUCCAAAGGGUGAAGCAGGUGACCCUGGUUCAAAUGGAGGACCUGGACCUAGAGGAAACAAUGGCCAAAGGGGUACCUCAGGAGCACGUGGUGAGCCUGGUCAAUUGGGAGAUAAUGGAUACCCAGGUCCCAUUGGCCUAAAAGGACCCAGAGGAGUUGGUCCAGAAAAAUGUGAUCUGGUCAAGAAAAUUAGGGAUAACUGCCCUUGCUGCUAUGGUGCUCAGGAAUGUCCCCUAUACCCCACUGAGUUGGCCUUUGCCCUGGAUGCAUCAGAUGGUGUAUCACGCCCUGCUUUCAACAACAUGCGGGAGACUGUUCUCCGCUUGGUCAGUGACAUCACUAUUGCUGAGAGCAACUGUCCCCGGGGCGCUCGUGUUGCUCUUGCGCUCUACAACAAUGAGGUGACUACCGAGAUACGCUUUGCAGAUACCCAGAAGAAGCGAGCACUUGUUGAACGAGUUCAAGGGCUCCAGGCUCUGCAGACCCGUAAGCCGCGCAGCUUGGAGACGGCUAUGAACUUCAUUGCACAGAACACAUUCAAGAGAGUUCGCAGUGGCUUCCUUGUACGCAAGGUUGCUGUUUUCUUUGUCAACGCUGCUGCUUCAAUCACACCAGAAUUCAGUGCCGCUGCUCUGCGCCUCUACGAUGCAGGAAUUUCCUCUGUAUUCAUUCUUAACCGUGAAGAUCGUCCACUCACAAGAGCCUUGCAGCUUAACAACACUGCAUUAGCCCAGAUUAUUGUCCUACCCUCACCUGGAAGUGCUGAAUACAACAAUGUAAUCAAGAAGAUCAUGACCUGCCAUAUCUGCUUAGAUUUCUGUGCCCCGGAUCCGAUCUGUGGUAAUAUUGGACGUGGAGUCCGUGUCCGAGACCGGAGGGAUCCCACCACUGACUUGGACAUCGACAUGGCCUUCAUUCUCGAUAGCUCAGAGAGCACCUGGCCUUCCGUCUUCUUAGAGAUAAAGCAAUAUUUGGCUCUAAUGAUAGAACAGCUAGAGAUGUCCCCUGAGCCAACCAGCACUACCCAUCAUGCUCGAGUGGCACUUGUCCAGCAUGCACCUUAUGAAUACUUGAACAAUGGCAGUGGAAUACCCAUCAGCGUGGCCUUUGGUUUGACAGAUCACAAGUCACCAAGCAGUGUUCGAAGCUUCUUACAGGAUAAGGUGCACCAGUUGCAGGGAGGACGUGCCCUUGCAGCUGCUCUUGAAGGCACUGUUGAACAUGUGUUUGAGAAGGCUCCACAUCCCCGGCACUUGAAAGUAUUAGUUAUUUUGGUGACUGGACCAGUUGAACUGCAUGAGGAGAGGAUAAUAAGGGCCGCCACUGAAGUUAAAUGCAAAGGGUACUUCAUAGUGGUGAUGGCAGUUGGAAAGCUGUUCAGUGCAGGUGAUAUCCGUGUCCUGGCCCAGGUGGCAAGCGAGCCUUCAGAUGUGUUCUUUAAGAGGGUGGAUAGACCUUCAGGCUUCUAUGAUGACCAUAUUCAGACAUUUGCCAGACUGUUGCCCAAGUACCUCGGCCUUGAAAAUGCUUUGUACCUGUCGCCUGAAGUCGUUAAGAAGUGCCAGUGGUAUCAGAGUGACCAGCCACACAAAGUCCCAUUCAAUUUACCACAAACAGAGGAGAAACAACAGAAGCAUUAUGGACAGCAGGAGGUUCAUGACAGAAAACAUAAAGAAAAAGGUAUGGAGGAACUGCAUCUGGUUAAUGUCACCUCCAGCGGAUUCUCCCUACAGUGGUUGAGUGGAGAUUCAAAGGCAACCCAUGAGGUUACUGUGACUCGUCUGAAGGAUCAUAGUUUGGUACUGAGGAAAAAUGUGACUGGCAGCCAUCUCUCCAUUACUGAGCUGGAGGCAGCCCAAACCUAUCACGUAGUGGUCAACACUCACAGUGCCAAUGGUCAUGUUGCCAGCACCUACAAAGGCAUUGUUCCCACAAAAUCAGCACAUCCAAAGGUCCUUACUGUAAGUGAUGUGAUGGGGAUUGUGCCUACUGCACCCUUGAGUAAACCAGAAACAAAAUCAGCAGAACAGAAAAUUCUUAAUGCCAGCAAAAUGACUGGGUUGAUGUCCACUGCACCCUUGAGUAAACCAGAAAUUGAAUCAGCAGAACAGAAGGUUAUUAUUCCAAGUGAAGUGAUGGGGAGUGGGCCUUCUGCUCCCUUAAGUAAACCAGAAAUUAAAACGGCGGAACAGAAGGUUCUUGCUCCGAGUGAAGUAAUGGGGAUGGUGUCCUCUGCAUCUUUAAGUAAACCAGAAAAAAUUAACAAUUUUAUGGACCCAUGCUCACUUGACUUUGACACUGGACUGCCAUGCAAAGAUUACCAAGCUAAGUGGUACUUUGACAGAAAGAACGGAUUCUGUACACAGUUCUGGUAUGGAGGUUGUGGAGGAAAUGACAAUAGGUUUGAGACUGAGGCUGAUUGCCUCAAACGCUGCAUGAAGACAGUGGCUGAGCAUAAAGCAAGUGACAAGCAAGUCAAAGCUGUUCUCCCCCCAGCCCCAGCUCCAGGUGCCCUGCACUCCAGUGUGGAUAUCUGCAAGCUACCAAAAGAAGAAGGUUCCUGUGCUAAAUUUGUGCUUAAAUGGCAUUAUGACCCGCUUAGUGGAAACUGUACUCGCUUCUGGUACGGAGGUUGUGGAGGGAACCAGAAUCGCUUUGAUACACAAGAUGAGUGUGAGAAGGCCUGUGGAAAAGCAGCACCUAUUCAGCGAGGGAUCAUCGCUGCAGUUAAAACAUAGGAACUAAUGAAGACUGUAAGCUAACCGCUGACAACACUCAGAGGAUAUUGCACCGAAAACUAGAAGCUUCACCACAGCCAAGAUGCCUGCACUGGACCCUGCCAGAGGAUUUGAUCCAAAGAAAACCUUGAAGUAGUAUUUUCCAUAUAAGAGAGAAAAAAAAGCAGAACAAGUUUCUUUGUUUCGUGCUGGUGCUACAAUCAGUUUCGUUAAUAUUUUUUAAUUGUUUUAUUUUUAAUGUGUGUAUGGGUUUGAAUAAAACACAGUGUAAAUGUCCAGGGCAAAAUAGCUUCUUUUUUUUUUUUUGAAAGAAUGUUCUGUUUUAAUCACGUGGUUUGUUUUUGGAAAUAUCUUGAUCAAAACAUAUCAAUAAAUCUUUGUAGUUAUGAGACAGGUUCAUGACAGUUCGAUUUAGUAAAUUCUGCUCCUAAUUUACUGCAGUCCCCUUACUGGGUUUUUUUUUUUUUUACUGCUUGGAAGGAAGAAUCUUAAUUGCUCUUUCUGGUCAUACCGCUGGAGAUCUCCACUGAAUCCACUGAAUCUCCAAGCAAAUGCUAUGUUAAUGUUUGCAAAUUAGGCAAUUAUAAAAUGAACCAUCUGAAAUCAAUGUCUUUUUUUUUUUAAAUAAGAAUGAAUUUUUGGAAUCAUUGCCUUACACACAAGUUUUGAUUUCAAAAGGCAAUUAGAAUGUACUUUUCAAACUGUAUUUUUUGGGGGGGGAGGGAUGGUGGUUUUUUUAAACUUUGUAUUUCACUUGGAAAUGGGAAGAUAUAAAUAAAUUAGUCUUUAUAUAAAA